AUUAGUGGGAGUAUGUCGACGACAUAUGUAGCCAAGAAGAAAUUUUGUGCUGCCUCCAAUGACAAGGAGUCACCAGAAGAUGAGAAGAUGUCAGCCAGUGUCGAGAGACAGCUUGUCCGGACAGCAAAACUUUCAACAAUCACCAUCAAGCUAUACAGGCUCGUGAUCAUUGUUCGGAUGGGCAUCUUCGUUCUGUUUUUCAAGUGGCGAAUCAGCACAGCCCGUGCGAUAAUGAGCUCCCCUGCCACCGAUGCCACAGGUACAGUUCGUGCAAUGUGGACGGUGUCCAUCGCCGGGGAGCUCUGGUUCGCACUGAUGUGGGUGCUCGACCAGGUGCCCAAGAUGCAGCCUGUCCGGCGCGAUGUCGCCAUCACCGCGCUCGACGGGUCGCUGCUUCCGUCCAUGGAUGUGUUCGUCACCACUGCCGAUCCCGAGAAGGAGCCGCCGCUGGUGACGGCGAACACCAUCCUCUCCAUCCUCGCCGCGGACUACCCCGCAGACAAGAUCACGUGCUACGUCUCCGACGACGGCGGCUCGCUGCUCACGCGCGAGGCGGUCGCGGAGGCUGCCCGGUUCGCCGGACUGUGGGUGCCAUUCUGCCGGAAGCACGGGGUCGAGCCGAGGAACCCAGAGGCCUACUUCAGCCCCGGCGGCGCCGCCAGCGUUCAUGGCGGUGUGAAGGCGAGGGCGGUGGCGAGGGGUGACUAUAAGGGAAGGGCGUGGGCGGAGCUGGCAAGGGAUCGGAGGCGUGUGCGCCGGGAGUACGAGGAGCUGCGGCUGCGGAUCGACGCGCUGCAGGCCGGAGACAUGCGGCACCAGCGGUGGUCCCUGGCCGAUGGAAGCUGCUGGCGACAUGGGACGGCGGAAGACCAUGCCGGAGUUGUCGAAGUGCUAGUCAGUCCUCCCAGCCGUACGCCGCAGCUCGGCGCCAGCGCCAUCGAUGCUGCCACUAAUCUUCUGGACUUCAGCUCCGUCGAUGUGAGGGUCCCAGCGGUCGUGUACAUGUGCCGGGAGAAGCGCCAUGGCCGGGCGCACCACCGGAAGGCCGGCGCCAUGAACGCGCUUCUCCGCGCCUCGGCCGUGCUCUCCAAUGCGCCCUUCGUCCUCAACCUCGACUGCGACCACUACGUCAACAACUCGCAGGCCCUCCGCGCCGGCGUCUGCCACAUGCUCGACCGCGGCGGCAGCAGCGUGGCGUUCGUCCAGUUCCCGCAGCGCUUCGACGGCGUCGACCCCGCCGACCGCUACGCAAACCACAACCGCGUCUUCUUCGACUGCACGGAGCUCGGCCUCGAUGGCCUCCAGGGACCCAUCUACGUCGGCACCGGGUGCAUGUUCCGCCGCUCGGCGCUAUACGGCGUCGAUCCGCCGCGCUGGAGACCGCACAGCGACGCCGGCAAGGACGUCGUCGCCACCGAGGCUGACACGUUCGGCGUGUCGACGCCAUUCCUUCGCUCGGUACGUGCGGUCUUGAACUUGAAUAGGUCGUCCGACCAACGCAACGCCACUCCUCCGCCGUGCUCGUUCGACGGCGCUGCCAUUGGCGAGGCAACCGCGCUUGUCUCGUGCGGCUACGAGGACGGGACGGCGUGGGGCAGGGACAUCGGCUGGAUGUACGGCACCGUGACGGAGGACGUGGCCACCGGCUUCUGCCUGCACCGGCGAGGCUGGCGCUCCGCCUACUGCGCCACCGCGCCGGACGCGUUCCGCGGCACGGCGCCGAUCAAUCUCGCCGACCGGCUGCACCAGGUCCUGCGCUGGGCGGCGGGUUCCCUCGAGAUAUUCCUCUCCCGCAACAACGCGCUCCGCGCAGGCCGGCUCCACCCGCUGCAGCGCGUGGCGUACCUCAACACGACGCUGUACCCGCUCACCUCCAUGUUCCUCAUACUCUACUGCGUCUUCCCGGCGAUCCCUCUUCUGUCGUCCGGGAAUGCCACGGCCGGCGCCUUAUUGUCCCUGGGCACGCCGCCGUCGGCCACGUACGUCGCCUUCCUCACGGCGCUGAUGCUGACGCUCGCAAUGGUGGCGGUCCUGGAGGUGAGGUGGUCAGGCAUCACGCUGGGCGAGUGGUGGAGGAACGAGCAGUUCUGGAUGGUGUCCGCCACGAGCGCCUACCUGGCUGCAGUGUUGCAGGUGGCGCUCAAGGUCGUGGCCGGGAAGGAGAUAUCGUUCAAGCUGACGUCUAAGAAGACGGCGACGACGAGCUCUGGCGUCAGCGUCAAGGAAAGGUUCGCGGAGCUGUACGCCGUGAGGUGGACGGUGCUGAUGGUCCCACCGGCGGUGGUUCUAGCGGUGAACGCGGCGUCCAUGGCAGCGGCAAUAGAAAGGGGGCGGUGGAGGAAUGGCCCUGCGGCGGUGCUCGCGGUGGCGUUCAACGCGUGGGUGGUGGUGCAUCUCUACCCCUUCGCGCUGGGGCUCAUGGGCCGUUGGAGCAUGACGUUGAGCCCACUACUCUUGCUUGUCGCAUUGUUCACCAUUCGAUUACUAUGUUUCGUUCUCCAAUCGCACAUGCUUUAAUAUGCUUGUUAUUUAGCCGACUAGACAAAUUUCCAAUGCAAUUGGGCGGCUAACUUUUCAGUUAUACACUUAUACUAGUUUUUUAUCAUAUAAUUAAGUAUACUUCCUUUCUCUUGACUUUACCAGCACAAGAUUGGUGACAUUGUAGAAGAGCCAUCUACUAUAUUCUCACCAGCAUCUCAAUAAUGUAUUUCUUCUCCUUUUCCCUUUAUGUUGAAGUCCACUAUUGUUUUCACUUGCAA